AGGGCGUGGGGGUGGGAGUGGGCGGCCAGUUGCUGUGCCUGACUGAACCUCUCUACGCUUUCUUCCAAGGAUUCUUCUUCUUGUAGUUGUUUCUAUCCCUAUCGCUAUCCCUAUAUAUAUAUAUAUGUCUAAAUACACACGCGGAUAUACAUAUAUGUAAGACUCUCUCUCUCUCUCUCUCUCUCUAAAUUCUCUCUCUAUAUACCUUGCUCGUCUCCGAGGUGUGAAAGCCAUGGCGGAAUCGGUGGAGCUGCCGAGUCGACUCGCCAUCCUUCCCUUCAGGAACAAGGUCUUGUUGCCUGGUGCGAUAAUUCGGAUUCGCUGCACCUCUCCCAGCAGUGUGAAACUGGUGGAGCAAGAACUCUGGCAGAAGGAAGAGAAGGGGUUAAUUGGGAUUCUGCCAGUUAGGGAUGCUGCAGAGACAACAUCUGUGGGUCCCGAGCUAUCUCCAGGUGCAGCGACUGAUACAGGAGAGGGAAACUCAAAACUUCAAGUUGGUCCAUCAGAUAUUCACAAGCCUGAUGGGAAAAACCAACAGGAAGUCAUUCACUGGCAUACCAGGGGAGUUGCAGCUCGAGCCUUACAUUUGUCAAGAGGAGUGGAGAAACCAAGUGGAAGGGUCACAUACAUAGUUGUUCUAGAAGGAUUGUGCAGGUUCAGCGUCCAUGAGCUUAGCACAAGAGGAACAUAUUAUACUGCAAGGAUUGCUCCAGCGGAUAUGACAAAAGCUGAGAUGGAGCAAGUUGAGCAAGACCCAGAUUUCAUAGCCUUGUCACGCCAGUUUAAAGCUACUGCCAUGGAGCUUAUCUCCCUUCUAGAGCAGAAACAAAAAACUGGUGGGAGGACAAAAGUCCUGUUGGAGACUGUUCCUGUGCACAAAUUGGCAGAUAUUUUUGUUGCUAGCUUCGAGAUAAGCUUUGAGGAGCAGCUUUCUAUGUUGGAUUCUGUUGAUGUUAAAGUCCGGCUUUCAAAAGCCACUGAGCUAGUUGACAGGCAUUUGCAGUCUAUUCGUGUGGCAGAGAAGAUUACACAAAAAGUUGAGGGACAGUUGUCAAAGACCCAGAAGGAAUUUUUUCUUCGACAGCAGAUGAGGGCUAUAAAAGAGGAACUGGGGGACAAUGAUGAUGAUGAGGAUGACGUGGCUAACCUGGAAAGAAAAAUGCAGAGUGCAGAAAUGCCACCAGAUAUUUGGAAGCAUGCACAGAGGGAAUUGAGGAGACUUAAAAAAAUGCAACCUCAGCAGCCAGGGUAUAAUAGUUCUCGUGUUUACCUGGAACUUCUUGCGGAUCUGCCUUGGCAGAAGGCCAGUGAAGAACAGGAAUUGGACUUGAGGGCUGCAAGGGAGCGCCUUGACAGUGAUCAUUAUGGUCUAGUCAAGGUCAAGCAGAGAAUCAUUGAAUAUCUAGCAGUUCGCAAGCUAAAACCAGAGGCAAGAGGUCCGGUCUUGUGCUUUGUUGGUCCACCUGGUGUUGGGAAAACAUCUUUGGCAUCAUCAAUUGCUGCUGCUCUCGGCAGAAAAUUCAUACGCCUAUCCCUUGGUGGUGUUAAGGAUGAGGCUGAUAUUAGAGGGCAUAGGAGAACGUACAUUGGAAGCAUGCCCGGACGUCUUAUUGAUGGAUUGAAGAGAGUAGCUGUUUGCAACCCUGUUAUGCUGCUGGAUGAGAUUGACAAGACAGGCUCUGAUGUUCGGGGGGAUCCAGCUUCAGCUCUACUGGAGGUUCUUGAUCCUGAGCAGAAUAAAACUUUCAACGAUCACUAUUUAAAUGUUCCAUUUGAUCUUUCAAAAGUGGUUUUUGUGGCAACUGCAAAUAGGGUGCAACCUAUUCCUCCACCGCUGUUAGAUAGGAUGGAAGUCAUUGAACUGCCUGGUUAUACCCCUGAAGAAAAGCUUAGAAUUGCAAUGAGACAUCUCAUUCCACGAGUUCUUGAUCAACAUGGUUUGAGUUCCGAGUUUCUUCAAAUUCCUGAGGCUAUGGUAAAACUUGUCAUCCAAAGGUAUACCAGAGAAGCUGGUGUUAGGAAUCUGGAGAGGAAUUUGGCUGCCUUAGCUCGUGCAGCAGCUGUUAGAGUAGCCGAGCAAGAACAUUCUGUACCUCUCAGCAAAGAUGUGCACCAACUUGGUUCACCGCUGCUGGAGAGCAGGCUUGCUGAUGGAGCUGAGAUAGAAAUGGAAGUCAUCCCAAUGGGGGUCAGCAAUCAUGAGAUAUCAGCUGCGUUCAGACUUAGCUCACAAUUGGUUGUGGAUGAAGCUAUGUUGGAAAAAGUUUUAGGGCCACCAAGAUAUGAUGACAAAGAAACUGCUGAACGAGUUGCAACUCCUGGGGUAUCUGUUGGGUUGGUUUGGACUGCAUUUGGCGGGGAGGUUCAGUUUGUUGAGGCUACAGCAAUGGCAGGAAAGGGUGAUCUUCAUCUCACUGGGCAACUUGGGGAUGUUAUUAAAGAAUCAGCUCAGAUUGCAAUGACAUGGGUUAGAGCGAGGGCAACUGAACUUAAAUUGACUUCUGCUGAGGGAAUUAAUUUACUGGAGGGCCGGGAUAUUCAUAUACAUUUUCCUGCUGGGGCUGUACCAAAAGAUGGACCCUCAGCAGGAGUUACUCUUGUCACAUCAUUGGUUUCACUGUUCAGUCAGAGACGGGUAAGAGCUGAUACAGCAAUGACCGGAGAAAUGACUCUGAGGGGUCUCAUAUUACCUGUUGGUGGUAUCAAGGAUAAGGUUUUGGCAGCUCAUCGAUAUGGCAUCAAGCGAGUUAUCCUUCCAGAAAGGAACUUAAAAGACUUGGUUGAAGUACCAUCAGCUGUGCUUACCAACUUGGAGAUAAUACUGGCCAAGCGGAUGGAAGAUGUGCUGGAACAGGCUUUUGAAGGUGGUUGUCCUUGGAGACAGCACUCCAAGUUAUGACAAGACCACCUCGCCUGUCUUUUACCAUACAAACUUCUGGCGAUUGAUUUGUUUAACUGGCAACGAACAACCCUAGAUUCGAGCGAGCUGAUCCAGUUCCACUUUGGUAGGCCUGAGGUUGGCGAUCAAAUCUCAAUACUGUGAACGUGGUUGGUCGACAAAUAUGUUGAGACCCCAGCAUUGACAUCAAGCGGAAGUUCUUGUUGAUGUACUAAUCGUUACUUGUGGAAAAUGUAUUUACAAGUACAAGGGGCAAAAUCAACUGCAUCCUCUUUUGUGUUCUUGCACUGCCUCUCAUGUUCGUCAUUUAUCAUCUUUUAAGUAUAUAAUCAAUUUUCAACUGCGAUA